CGGCUGUAGCUGCGAACUGCGCCGAGGGACCGCUGAGCUGCAGAGAGCAGGUUAUAAAGCAUGGAGCCUGGCUCAGUGGUUCGUGCUAUCUUUGACUUCUGCCCAAGUGUAUCUGAAGAACUGCCCCUUUUUGUGGGAGAUAUUAUCGAGGUGCUGGCAGUGGUCGAUGAAUUUUGGCUUCUAGGAAAGAAAGAGGAUGUUACUGGACAGUUCCCCAGCAGUUUUGUGGAAAUUGUGACUAUUCCCAGUCUAAAAGAGGGAGAGAGGCUGUUUGUCUGCAUCUGUGAAUUCACAUCCCAAGAAUUGAACAGUCUUCCCCUCCAUCGAGGUGACCUAGUAGUUCUUGAUGGCUCUCCCACUGCUGGCUGGCUGCAGGGUCGAAGCUGCUGGGGUGCACGAGGCUUCUUCCCAUCUUCAUGUGUCCGUGAGCUCUUCUUCUCCUCACAAAGCCGUCAGUGGCACUCACAGAGCUCCCUGCUUCAGAUUCCUGAAUAUUCAAUGGGACAAGCCCGGGCCCUCAUGGGACUUUCUGCCCAGCUGGAUGAGGAAUUGGACUUCAGAGAAGGGGAUGUGAUUACUAUUAUUGGAGUUCCUGAACCAGGCUGGUUUGAAGGGGAGUUAGAGGGUCGAAGAGGUAUUUUCCCAGAAGGUUUUGUAGAGCUUUUGGGGCCCCUGAGGACUGUGGAUGAGCCAGUAGGUUCUGGAAAUCGAGAUGGGUGCAUUAUUAAUGGUGUCGUAGAUAGCCCUACAGAAGAAGAAGAGAGAGGGCCGGAAGAGGAUGAAGAGCAACCAGGGACCUAUGGAAUUGCCCUCUACAGAUUCCAAGCCCUGGAGCCAAAUGAGUUGGAUUUUGAGGUAGGGGAUAAAAUCCGAAUUCUGGGGACCCUGGAAGAUGGCUGGCUAGAAGGAUCACUGAAGGGCAGGACGGGCAUCUUUCCUUACCGCUUUGUAAAGCUGUGUCCUAGCGCAAGGGUGGAGGAGACCAUGGAUCUGCCACAGGAAAGCAGCCUCACCAAGAUCCCUGAAACUUCUUUGGAUUGUUUGGAAAACUCCUUAGUAGUGGAGGAAAAAAGACAUGGAUCUCACGAGUAUAGAGCAGAGAAGUCCAACUGUGUUAUUUCUGAAACACUCGUUUCUCCACUAGAUCAUCUGCCUUCUGAGUACGAAGUAAACAAAAACUCUCAUCUGGAUGAAGACGUCUUAGAAGAGCUUCUGAGAAGCCCAGGCAUGGCGCAUGAACGUGGAAAGCCUCUUGCCAAAGACUCCUGCACGAAUGAUCCUUUAGACGUGGUCAAUGGUAUUUUCUCCCAACCUCAGUUACCUUUUCAUCCCAAAUUGCAGAAAAAUCAGUAUUAUUCCACAAGAGAGAGCCACCAAAGCUCAGAAAAGUACUCUGACCCUCUUCCUUUAGAAGCAAGGAGUAGACACUUCUCCAGUCUACCUCUCAAAGGAACGCACUCCCAGCUGAAAACUGCUCAGAAGUCAGUGCCCCCUCUUCAUAGCAGCUCUUCGUUGUCAGCCUCUAGGGCAGUCAAACCCAGCCAACUGAGCCUUCAACUCCAUGGCAUGGCAAGGUGUGCUAAAAAGCACCACAAGUCCAAAGAACGUGCUUCCAGCUUUAGCUCUGUAUUAGAGAGAUCAGAGAUGAUACCUGGUCUGCAAGGCAAGGGGCCUGCUGUGGAAACAAUGGCACUUGAACAGGGAGAUGACAGCGCUGACCUAGAUUCUAAGUUAACCCAACAGCUGAUAGAGUUUGAGAAGAGCUUGUCCGGGCCUGGCACAGAACCAGAUAAAGUCUUAUGCAAUUUUUCAAUCAUGGACUUUAACUCUGAGAAGGAUAUUGUCCAAGGUUCCUCAAAAUUAAUCACCCAGCAAGAGCUGCCUGAGAGGAGGAAGGCCCUGAGGCCACCGCCACCACGUCCCUGUUCCUCAGUAUCCACUUCUCCCCGUUUGCUGGUUGACCAGAACCUGAAACCUGCACCACCCUUGGCAGUGCGACCCUCUCGCCCAGCUCCCUUGCCUCCCUCAGCACAACAGAGAAUGAAUACAGUAUCCUCCAAGCUCCUGACCUAUAACCUUCCUAGCUGUGAGACUCUAGAAAAGGAGAGCCCUGAGAAUACAGAAAAGACUCUGGACCAAACUUCCCAGUGUCCCUUAGUAUUGGUGAAGAUUCAGGAAAUGGAACAGGACUUGGAUAUGUAUAGCAGGACUCAAGAAGAGCUAAACUUAAUGCUGGAAGAGAAGCAGGAUGUAUCAUUGAGAGCAGAGACCCCUGAGAAUCUUGAGUUCUAUGAGAGUAACAUUGAAAGCUUGAAUAUGGAACUCCAGCAACUUAGAGAAAUGACCCUCCUCUCCUCCCAGUCUUCAUCACUGGUGGCCCCUUCUGUGUCUGUGUCCACUGAAAACCCAGAGCAGAGGAUGCUGGAGAAGAGAACCAAGGUGGUAGAAGAACUUCUUCAGACGGAAAAAGACUACAUCCGGGAUCUGGAAAUGUGCAUUGAAUGCAUCAUGGUACCCCUACAGCAGGCACAGGUCCCAAACGUUGAUUUGGAGGGUCUUUUUGGAAAUAUGCAGAUGGUGAUUAAGGUCUCAAAGCAAUUACUGGCUGCUCUGGAAGUCAGCGAUACUGUAGGGCCUGUGUUUCUCGAUCACCGAGAUGAGCUUGAGGGAACGUACAAGGUUUACUGCCAGAAUCAUGAUGAGGCCAUUUCCCUGCUGGAAAUCUACGAGAAGGAUGAGAAGAUCCAGAAGCACCUUCAGGACUCUUUGGCGGAUCUGAAGAGCCUGUACAAUGAAUGGGGAUGCACAAAUUAUAUUAACCUGGGCUCCUUCCUAAUCAAACCAGUGCAGAGAGUAAUGCGUUACCCACUGCUGCUAAUGGAGCUGCUGAACGCCACCCCAGAAUCCCACCCAGACAAAGUGCCUUUAACCAGUGCAGUCCUCGCAGUUAAGGAAAUCAACGUUAACAUUAACGAAUACAAACGUCGGAAAGACCUGGUCCUCAAGUACCGUAAAGGCGAUGACGAUAGCCUUAUGGAGAAAAUUUCCAAACUGAACAUCCACUCCAUCAUCAAGAAAUCUAACCGAGUUAGCAGCCACCUGAAGCACCUCACUGGCUUUGCUCCUCAGAUAAAAGAUGAAGUAUUUGAAGAAACAGAGAAGAAUUUCCGAAUGCAAGAAAGAUUGAUUAAAUCUUUUAUCCGAGACCUGUCUCUCUACCUCCAGCAUAUCCGGGAAUCGGCAUGUGUGAAAGUGGUGGCCGCCAUGAGCAUGUGGGAUGUGUGCAUGGAGAAGGGAAACAGAGAGCUGGAGCAGUUUGAGAAGGUGCAUCGCUACAUCAGUGAUCAGCUCUUCAUGAGUUUUAAAGAGAGGACAGAGCGGCUUGUCAUCUCUCCCUUAAAUCAGCUACUGAGCAUGUUUGCAGGGCCCCACAAGCUAGUGCAGAAACGCUUUGACAAGCUCCUGGACUUCUAUAACUGUACUGAACGGGCAGAGAAGCUGAAGGACAAGAAGACUCUGGAGGAGUUGCAGUCUGCCCGGAACAACUAUGAGGCCCUGAAUGCCCAGCUGCUGGACGAGCUGCCCAAGUUCCACCAGUACGCCCAGGGCCUCUUCACCAACUGCGUCCACGGCUAUGCUGAAGCCCACGGUGACUUUGUGCACCAGGCUCUGGAGCAGUUACAGCCUCUGCUUUCAUUACUUAAAGUUGCCGGCAGAGAGGGAAACCUUAUUGCCAUCUUCCAUGAAGAGCAUAGCAGAGUUCUGCAGCAGCUCCAGGUGUUCACCUUCUUCCCAGAGUCUCUCCCAGCUACCAAGAGGCCAUUUGAGAGGAAAACCAUGGAACGCCAGUCUGUUCGAAAGCCACUUCUGGGCCUGCCAAGUUACAUGCUGCAGUCAGAAGAACUCCGGGCUUUCCUUCUGGCAAGGUAUCCCCCUGAAAAACUCUUCCAAGCAGAGCGGAACUUCAAUGGUGCCCAAGACCUGGAUGUCUCACUUUUGGAAGGUGACCUUGUAGGUGUGAUUAAAAAAAAAGACCCCAUGGGCAGUCAGAACCGCUGGCUGAUUGACAAUGGAGUCACCAAAGGCUUUGUGUAUAGCUCCUUCCUGAAACCCUACAAUCCUCGUCGCAGCCACUCAGAUGUCUCUGUCGGCAGCCACUCCUCCACCGAGUCAGAGCACAGCAGCUCCUCUCCCGGUUUCCAACGGCAGAACAGCAACAGCACCUUGACCUUCAGCCCCAGCAACAUGGCUGUGUCCUUUUCAUCAGGGCCUUGCCACAGACAGUCACAGGAUGCAUCGUCAUUGAAGGAAAUUGACCAAAGAAAUCUCAGUGCAUCUUUAAACUUGGGUAAUUCAGAGAGUAGCUCUUCCAGAUGCCUUUCAGACACAGACUCUACCCCCCAGCCUAGGCCAUGGGACUCUAUAGAUGCAGCCAGAGACACUGCCCAACCCACUACCACCCUGAGGAGCUACCGACGCUCCAGGCAUCCAGAAAUGGCUGGUUACUCCAUACCAGGGCGAAAUGGGCAAAGUAAAGACCUCGUAAAAGAAUGUGCAAGAACAGUCCAGCCUGUGGAGGACAAAAACAAAGAACCAGAAAACAGUGAGGCGGAAGGCAACCAAGUCUAUUUUGCUGUCUAUACCUUUAAGGCACGAAACCCAAAUGAGCUGAGUGUAUCAGCCAAUCAGAGACUCAAGAUCCUCGAGUUUAAAGACGUUACAGGAAAUACAGAGUGGUGGUUAGCUGAAGUCAACGGGAAGAAGGGCUAUGUUCCCUCCAAUUAUAUCCGCAAAACUGAGUAUACCUGAACCUGUCUGCCUCCCACCCAACCUUGCUGCCUUUGCUUUCAGUCUGCUGAAGGUUUCUGGUGUCCACUGAGGAGAGGGCACCCAUCUGCUGGGGGACAUAGGCCCUUUCUGCAUUGCUUAAUACCAUGGCCUGGUGGAGCACAAGAUAAGUCUUGUUCUUCUCAAUUGGGUUGUAAACCUUGAUGCCCACUAGAAUUUCUAGAAUUUGAAAUGGACCCUAGGUCUUGCAGAUGAUUCAGUGACCAUGAGAAGAGAGGCAAGUCCCGGAGUCAGCCUAUGGAAACCAGAAAUUCCCAGUCAAAAGACCAGUAUCCUAUGUAUGCUGGAAGCUCUGCUGUAGCAUUAGCAGAUGUUGGCAUUUGUUGUUGUGCCAUACUGAGGUUGGGGUGGCCCCAUGCUCCACAGUCAACUGACCAGAAACCAACUUAGAUGAAAAGAUUUAUGGCUCUAGGGGCUUUGUGGUAGCCUUUGAGGCUUGGUAGGUUGAGCUGCUGCAUACGGCUAGGAGUUUGUUGGGACUGUACCAAACCUAGUGUUUUCAAGCUUCCAGGACACCUCUGGUGUCCAACACACAUUCAUACACACACACACAGCUACCCCUAAUUUCUAAAAGUCCCUAAAAUACUAACAUCUGUAAGCUUUUUCUUAUUUGUUUCACUGCAUUCCCAGAUUGGUUAUGUAAAACUCAGCUGCAUUCUUUCUCCUUUCAAGAAGUGUUUAGGGUCUUUAUUUUCCUCCAUCUGAAAAGUGCCCUUCCCUUACUGGGUACGUGGUUAUCCUUCUGACAGUUGUCCCUACAUUAUACAGUUUUUGUAUGAUAAUAUCUCAUGACCCUUUCUCCCCCUCUGACUCAGUAACUGAUGCAUUUUCCUGAAAGAGCAGGAUCAGAGUUCCAACCAUUCCAUUGAAAGUAUUAUUUCUGCAAUGAGCUGAAACCAGUCCACCAAGGUAGAACAUCGAUGCCUUUCUGUUUAUCCAAGCACAACACUACCAUUUGCUUAUAUCCACAGAUGCAUAAAAUAUAACACGUGUCUUAUUUGAAUUAGAAUAAGUGGUCCCAGAAGUAGCUUAUCUUAGACUUGGAAACAUUUUGUAUUUCAUCAUUGGCUCCCUGCUUCAGACACGACAGUCUAAGCCAAACAGUCUAAAGUGCCUGAUAGUACCUCCCACCGCUCUCAGGAAGAUGUUUGCUCAUCCUCACAUGAGAAUCAGCUCCUAAAAGUUCUGUUUUGGCAACAUUCUUAUUCUUAAGGUCUUCCCCAGAUAUGAAGCCUACCUUGGGAUAGGAGACUAUGAAUUUGUCUUUUAAGAAAGGAAAUUCAGAGCAGCCAUACAGCCCCUGCCCGUCCAGGUGCACAUUCAGCCUUAAAAUCCUGAUGAAUCGGGGAGACACCUACAAGCUCCUCAUCCCGGGUGUCUGCUAGUUGUGGGCAGAAGGCAGGAA